GCUGGCGCUCGCUGGUGGCGGACCCAGAGGCAGCUCCACCGCGCCGGGGCUCCGUGGCCGGGGUUGAAUCCGAUCAGGAGCCAUGAGCGUGGACAAAGCCGAGUUAUGCGCGUCUCUGCUCACCUGGCUGCAAACAUUCCAGGUUCCAUCCCCCUGUGCCAGCCCCCAGGACCUGAGCAGCGGCCUUCCUAUAGCCCAUGUGCUGAACAAGAUAGACCCCUCCUGGUUCAACGAAGCAUGGCUCCAGGGCAUCUUAGAAGACCCAGGCCCCAACUGGAGGCUAAAGGUCAACAAGCUGGAAAAGAUCUUACAGAGCUUGGUGGAGUAUUCCCAGGAUGUCCUGGGGCAUCCUGUAUCAGAAGAGCAUCUCCCAGACGUGAGCCUCAUUGGCGAGUUCUCAGACCCUGCAGAGCUCGGCAAAUUACUUCAAUUGCUGCUAAGCUGUGCUAUCAGUUGUGAGAAAAAGCAGGAGCACAUCCAGAGAAUCAUGACGCUGGAGGAAUCGGUGCAACAUAUAGUGAUGGAAGCCAUCCAGGAGCUUAUGACCAAAGACACACCUGACACCCUGUCAGCAGAGACCUAUGGCAACUUUGAUGCGCAGUCCCGCAGAUACUAUUUCUUGAGUGAGGAGGCCGAGGAAGGGGACGAGCUGCGGCAGCAUUGCCUGGACCUGGAGCGGCAGCUGGUGCUCCUGUCAGAGGAGAAGCAGAGCCUGACACAGGAAAACGCGACGUUGAGGGAGAGGGUUGGCCGGCCGGAGGCUGAGGGCGCUCCGGGCCUCACAGCUAAGAAACUGCUGUUACUGCAGUCACAACUGGAACAGGUGCAGGAAGAGAACUUCAGGUUGGAGAGCAGCCGGGAGGAUGAGCGGCUGCGCUGUGCGGAGCUGGAGCGUGAGGUCACUGAGCUGCAGCAGCGGAAUCAGGCGCUGACCAGCCUGGCCCAGGAGGCGCAAGCGCUGAAGGAUGAGAUGGACGAGCUCCGGCAGUCCUCAGAGCGCGCAGGGCAGCUGGAGGCCACUUUGAACAGCUGCCGGCGACGCCUGGGCGAGCUGAGGGAGCUGCGGCGGCAGGUGCGGCAGCUGGAGGAGCGCAACGCGGGCCACGCUGAGCGCACGCGGCAGCUGGAGGAAGAGCUUCGCCGAGCCGGCUCGCUUCGCGCCCAGCUGGAGGCGCAGCGGCGGCAGGUGCAGGAACUUCAGGGCCAGCGGCAGGAGGAGGCCAUGAAGGCCGAGAAAUGGCUAUUUGAGUGCCGCAACCUGGAGGAAAAGUAUGAGUCGGUGACAAAGGAGAAGGAGCGGCUGUUGGCAGAGAGGGACUCCCUUCGGGAGGCCAACGAAGAGUUGCGCUGCGUCCAGCUGCAGCCUAGAGGGUUGACUCAGGCAGAUCCCUCAUCGGAUCCCAGACCAUCUGGCCUAGAAAACUUAGCAGCAGAGAUUCUACCAGCGGAGCUGAGGGAGACGCUCUUGCGGCUUCAGCUGGAGAACAAGCGGCUGUGCCAGCAGGAGGCGGCCGACCGGGAGCGGCAGGAAGAGCUGCAGCGCCACCUAGAGGAGGCCAACCGGGCGCGCCACGGACUGGAGACGCAGCACCGGCUGAACCAGCAGCAGCUGUCGGAGCUGCAGGCCCAGGUGGAGGACCUGCAGAAGGCCCUGCAGGAUCAGGGGGGCAAGACUGAGGACGCUAUUGUGAGUACCGUGGGCCCUGGGACGCACCCCACACUCACCUGGCGAAAGGGUUCAGACCUCUGGACUCCCCACUCACCUCCUGCUUCUCUCCCCCAGCCCACCCUGCUGAAGAGGAAGCUGGAGGAACAUCUGCAGAAGCUGCAGGAGGUGGAUCUGGAGCUGCAGAGGAAACGAGAAUACAUCGAGGAGCUGGAGCCACCCUCGGACAGCAGCACAGCCCGGCGGAUCGAAGAGCUGCAGAACAACCUGCAGAAGAAAGACGCAGACUUGCGGGCCAUGGAGGAGCGGUACCGCCGCUAUGUGGACAAGGCGCGCACGGUCAUACAGACCCUGGAACCCAAGCAGCGGCCACCUGCUGGGCCACCCCCAGAACUCCAUGCCCUGAGGACACAGCUUCGGGAGCGGGAUGUCCGCCUGCGGCACCUGGAGAUGGACUUUGAGAAGAGCCGAAGUCAGCGGGAACAGGAAGAAAAACUGCUCAUCAGGGCCUGGUACAACAUGGGUAUGGCUUUGCAGCAGCGAGCUGGGGAAGAGCGGGCAUCUGCCCACGCCCAGUCAUUCCUGGCACAGCAGCGGCUGGCCACCAACGCUCGUCGUGGACCCCUUGGACGUCUGGCGUCUCUGAACCUUCGCCCCACUGACAAGCACUGCUAAUUGCCAGGCUCUUGCCACCUCCCUGGACAGCCAGGGGAUCAUCCACGCUGAUUCCUCCAAGUCACAGGGCAUCCAGCCUCAGGCCUUUACCAGCUGCUGGAGAGCCUUGAGGCCAUGACCUCUGCCCUGUGCUUCUCCCCCUGAUUGGGGGGAGGUGAGAGACAGCAGGUGGCACUUGUCCUGUUUUUUGUUGUUUUGUUUUUUUUAGCAAUGUGAUUCUUACCCUUGAUUUUUCUCUCUGGAGUUGAUGUGCUGUCUGGAGAGUGCCUGAUUUUAUAUUUGAGAAGACUAAUAAAGACUUUAAUUCUACCCUGGUUGGACUCUGGGUACCAAAGUGAGGGAGAAAAAGUAGGCCAGGGACUCAGACCAUUGCUU